CAGUUCCUACCCGGCUUGUAAACAUCAGCACAUCCGGAAACAGGAGCAGCGUGGAGUGGAGAGUUAGCCCAGCAGUGGCUAACAGGUUUAGCUUCAUCCUCCUGAAUAAGGUUCAGUUUUAUCACCAUGGAGAACUCGACAGACGGCACGUGGGACAGUUUACCUGUUCACCUCCACGAGAGCAUCUUACAGACGCUCGAGGAGCUCAGGUUCACUCACAUGACACCUGUACAGUCGGCUUGUAUCCCACUGUUCAUGCGCAACAAGGAUGUAGCAGCUGAGGCGGUAACCGGGAGCGGGAAGACGCUUGCUUUCGUCAUCCCGAUCAUCGAGCUGCUCCUGAAGAGAGAGGAGAAGCUGAGGAAGAUGCAGGUCGGAGCGCUGGUGGUGACGCCCACCAGAGAGCUGGCUCUGCAGAUCAGUGAAGUCAUGGAGCAGUUCAUCCAGAAGUUUCCUCAGUUUAAGCAGAUUUUACUGAUUGGAGGAACCAACCCGAUCGAGGAUGUGGAGAAGUUUAAGGAGCAAGGGGCAAACAUCCUGAUCGCGACGCCCGGCCGUCUGGAGGACAUGUUCAGGAGGAAGGUGGACGGUCUGGACUUGGCGAGCUCAGUGAGGAGUCUGGAUGUCCUGGUUCUGGAUGAGGCUGACAGAUUGUUGGAGAUGGGAUUCGAGGCCAGUCUGAACACCAUCCUCGGCUACCUGCCCAAACAGAGGCGCACCGGUUUGUUCUCGGCCACUCAGACGCAGGAGCUGGAGAAGCUGGUGAGGGCGGGGCUUAGGAACCCCGUACGCAUCACCGUCAAGGAGAAAGGCGUUGCGGCCUCCGCCGUCCAGAAGACACCGUCCAGACUCUCCAACUACUUCACCAUCUGUAAGGCUGAAGACAAAUUCAACAACCUGGUGGCGUUCUUACGACAACACAAGCACGAGAAGAACCUCGUCUUCUUCAGUACGUGUGCGUGUGUGGAGUACUACGGUCGAGUUCUGGAGGUGCUGGUGAAGAAGGUCCCGGUGCACUGCAUCCACGGCAAGAUGAAAAACAAACGCAACAAGAUCUUCGCAGACUUCCGAGCACUGAAGAGCGGGAUCUUGGUGUGCACGGACGUCAUGGCGAGAGGCAUCGACAUCCCUGAUGUGAACUGGGUGCUGCAGUAUGAUCCUCCCAGCAGUGCCAGCGCGUUCGUUCAUCGCUGCGGGCGAACGGCACGAAUCGGCAAUCAGGGUAACGCCCUCGUCUUCCUGCUGCCGAUGGAGGAGUCCUACGUCAACUUCCUGUCCCUCAACCAGAAGUGCCCGCUGCAGGAGAUGCCCUCUGUGGGUGACGUUGUGGACGUCACGUCCAAAGUUCAGACUCUGUCUCUGGAAGACCGCGCCAUGUUUGACAGAAGCAUGAGAGCCUUCGUCUCGUACGUCCAGGCGUACGCCAAACACGAGUGCAGCCUCAUCUUCAGAGUCAAAGAUCUGGAUUUUGCCGCUCUGGCUCGCGGCUUCGCCCUCCUCCGUCUGCCGAAGAUGCCCGAGCUGCGGGGGAAGACCUUCCCCGACUUCAUCGAGACGAAGGUGGACACGGAGACCAUCCGCUACAAGGACAAGCAGCGGCAGAAGCUCAGGAAGAAGAUGCUCGCCGAGCUGAAAGAGAAAGAGAAGGACCCGCCUCCUAAGAGGAACUUCAUAAGGAACAAGUCGUGGUCCAAACAGAAGAACAGGAAGGACCGCAGGAGGAAGAACGCCGCCAAGAGGAAACGGAACGAGCCGGAAUCAGAGGUGGAGGACGAGGACAUGAAGGAGCUCGCCAACGACACCCGGCUCCUAAAGAAGCUAAAGAGAGGACAGAUCACAGCCGAGGACUUUGAGAAACAGAUCACAAGCGGACCGAAGUCCAAACACAAAACAGAGGCGGCGCCAGUCAACGGCGAGGAGGGCGGCGAGGACGUCUGACACCAAACAUCAGAAAUAAAUCACCUUCACGUGUCGA